AACACUAGUUAUAACAUGUUUCUUCUAGUAAUUAACUAUAUGUUACUUUUUAUUGGCUCAAUUUCAUCAUCCCUAGUCUCAAAAUUCUAUUUUAAUCACAAAGGUGAUAGUCGAUGGGUUUCAACUUGGGUCCAAUCUGCUGGAUUCCCUCUUCUCCUUCUCCCUAUUUAUUUACCUUUUUAUGUUUUUAAAUCAACUAAUAGAAAACCAUUUACAAAAUUCACUCCUAAAAUGUUGUUACUAUCUAUUGUAAUUGGUUUCUUUUUAGGUCUCAACAACCUUUUAAUUUCUUGGGGUAAUUCUUACCUCCCCGUUUCGACUAAUUCUCUUGUUUUAUCGUCACAACUAGUCUUCACUCUUAUCACUUCUGUUAUUAUUGUUAAACAAAAGAUUACAUUCGCGAAUCUCAAUUGUGUUAUUUUACUAACGCUUAGUUCAGUACUAUUGGCUUUGGGUUCGAGUCAUGACAAACCAAAUGGUUUGACGAGAAGAAACUAUUUUAUAGGAUUUUUCUCUACGAUUGGUGCUGGAUUAAUGUUCUCUCUUUAUCUCCCAUUAAUGGAAAAAGUAUAUGGACAUGUUUAUUGCUAUUCUAUGGUUGUGGAAAUGCAAAUGGUGAUGGAAUUAACAGCUACGAUUUUGGCCACGUUAGGAAUGAUUAUAGACAGUGGAUUUUAUGAGAUGAAAAAAGAGGCCAAAAAUGUUUUUGAUUUAGGUGAAAAAGCAUAUUGGUUAACGGUGAUGGUUAACGUGGUGACGUGGCAGUUUUGUUUUAUGGGUACAGCUGGGAUGGUGUUCUUGACAAGUUCAUUGACAGGAGGAGUUUGCAUGACGGCGUUAAUGGCCGUUAAUGUUUUGGGAGGGGUUAUAGUGUUUAAGGAUAAUUUUGGUGGAAUUAAAGUAGUUUCGACUUUGUUGUGUAUUUGGGGAUUUUCUUCGUAUUUGUAUGGAAUGUAUAAUAUGAAAAAGAAGGAGGAGAAGAAAGAGGAUUCUAUAGGGAUUGAAGAACAACAAUUUGUAGCUUGA